CUGUGAUGCAUUGCGAAGUAAAACACUGCCCAGGUCUGCCAGGGUUGUGCGACUCCUUCGAGCUUCACCUAUGGCGACAUUGUAGCCAAUCGAUAGUGCGAGGCGCCAGGAUAGCCGUCCCGUUCUUACCAGCUGUUGCAUAGGCAUGAUUCCAUCGCGUCAAGAUCCUAUCUUUAGGGCGAUUCAUAUAUCAAGCCAUGGACGGUCCGGAUAGUAGCAGCUAACACGUCUCAUUACUUCCAGCCACUAUGUACGAUUCUGAUGUCUUCGCCGUGAUCACGGCGCACGAUCAAAAGAAUAAGGCGGGUAGUGCCCUUGAACUGGAGCACAACUCGAGGUGGUUCUGCAAAGCAACUGGAGGUGUGGCAUCGGAGCCCACCAUAGACAGUCGUGAGACCACCCCUGCCGAAGACUCACCGUCGGACGACGAGAAGGAGGAGGAGAUGGCCAGUAACGUCAACCGUCUAGUUGUGUCUUUCUCGAAGCUGCUGGCAUUGGACAACCUUGAGAACGGGCUACAGCUGGGCACAAACCCGAUCUUAUCUCAUAUCCUCUUGGGGCACCGCGGAACGAAAGGAAUCAGCGGUAGGCAGUGUAACAUUACUGUGGAUAAGACUCUGAGAAUCUGGCUUCACGACUACCACUCGACGCACGGCACCGCAGUCGGCCAAAACGGCUUGAACCAAAAGGAAGUGCGGAAGAAGGAGACCUGGCUCCUGGCAUAUCCGCCCGGCGCUCCAGACGGAUUCGAAGAGACGACGAUCCACUGCAGUAGCCUCGCCAUCAGGACUGAGUUUCCCAACCACAGAGCAGGAACCGCUCGCUACGUCAAGAACCUGCGGGCGUUUGUGGAGAAGUGUCAGAGAGCAGCUGAGAGGAGCAAGGUUGACCCUCCUGGCGUUGAGGCACUUGGCUUGGACAGCGAGCCGUCGACCCAAGCACCUAGCGAGGCUCCAACUCCACGUGACAGGCUCGUUUACUAUGUGGUCAAGAAUGUUGGAGUGGGAACGUUUGGUAAAGUCAUGAAGAUCAUCAAGGCACGAGAUGGGAAGGCCUUUGCCGCCAAGAUAUUUAACCCUCCACCAAAUCGAAACAAGAGGCUGCGCAACGACCCUGACCCGGACUGGCUCAUGAAGAUACGGAGAGAGUUUGCUAUCAUGAGAGACAACCCCCAUCCGAACGUGGUUCAGGUUUUUGAGCUUCGGGAGGCCCCAGAGCCCGCCAUCAUCAUGGAUUACUAUCCCCUUGGAAACAUUACCGACGCCAGUAUCGCUUACGACGAAUACGUCACGGCUUGGGGACAGAUACUCGAUGGCCUCAAGCACCUCCAUGCAAAAGGGGUGGUCCACCGCGAUCUUAAACCCGAGAACAUUUUGGUCGAGAGGAAUCCGUUCUUCAAGGUCGUCAUCGCUGAUUUUGGUCUGGCCAAGGUUACAACCUCCACGGCUCCGCUGCAGACUUUCUGUGGCACGCUGAAGUACGCGGCGCCCGAGGUGUUUCCUGGUCUGAGUUCCGGCCACGGGCCCUUGGUGGACAUCUUUUCGCUUGGCGUCAUGGUCUACGAAUGGAUGUACCACCUUCCGAACCCCCCAAACGUCCCGGUAGCGAGAAAGAGGAACGAGAAAGUCUCUGACGAUCAGUGGUACACUUGGCUUGAUGAAUGGGUUAGGCUACUCCUCGAAAAGUUGGAGGACGAAGAAGAUGACCCGGCCAUCCAGAUCCUGGUUCGCAUGAUUGAGACCAAGGUCACUUCACGAUGGUCUGCGACUAAGUGCCUGGCGCAAGGUUUCAAGAGUCGCCUGUUCAAAAGGAGGGUGGCUGAUGGACUGAUCGGAUGCGCAAGCGACCCGGACGACUUUGACCUUCCCAUUGGGGAAGGGGAGAACCUCGGGACAAAGACGCCGACUGCGGCGCCAUCGCUUAGCCCAGGCUUAGGACUUACGGAAUCGGCAGUCACCAUCAUAGAUGGGGGCAUGUGGGAUACAGAGUCGGUGAACUCGCAAUAGUAUUUUUUUUCUUUCCAUUCCAAACGAUGAAUGAAUGGGCGAACCAUUGUAUGCGGGGUUGAUUGUAUCUUCUACGGUGUUUAUAUUGCCUCUCUCCUCACAUCGUAUACUGUAUUCUCUUCUACCUUACCACGCACAUUGGGGUUUCUGCACGAAAGUAGACAUUGUGUCAUAAGGGAGGAUGUGUGGAAAUCGAUCUCCCCACAACAGCGUAAAUGCCCCACUGGCCCACUGACUUCGGCGUGCAGAGACCUCUCAAAGGAAGGACGACGAGGAGGAGUAGCAGCAUGUCAGUUUUGAAUUCGAUAUCAUCCCUAAAUUUUAUGGCUAUGCAAGCCUUCUUGUUCACG